UGUGCGCGCUCCUUUAGUAGCUGUAUAAGUAUUCACAGUUCGCUCUUAGUGACAGCUAGUUUUGUUAAACUAGUCGUAUCUGUCUUUUCCGACAUAAGCAGUUUUCACAACUAGAUUAUCAACCAUUCAUGCACAAAUAGAUGGAUCUCAUGGUUGAAGGGGACUAUUAACACUGGAAUGCUAAAUAGUGAAGAAAUCCGACACUGGUAUGGCGCACAUUAAAAAUCUUUUUUUUUUUCCAAGCUUUGGUGUUUUUACAAUGUAACUGCUUGUCUCUUGACAGAUCAUACCAUAAAGGAGGGCCUUUGACACUAAUAAAGGGCUACGGUAGGAGUGCGUGACGUUGUGACCGUCCAAUGUGCUUCUGAGGUUUUGUUUAAUGUCGGGUACUAUCCGGCCCUACAGGCUCUGCUGCUGGGAGUCAGGGUGUGGCCUCAAAGCGCUCUCACCCACCCUUCUCUAUUCAUGCACUCGAACUCUCCCCAGAUCACUACAGGACUCUCAGUCAGACAUCAACCGAGAGCUCUGGGACUGCUACUUGUUGAUUUGAAGACCACUUCACAAAGGAGAAGUUCACAUUGGGAGCAUAAGCGGACAGAUUUUCUUCAGAAAUUAUAUUUUUUCACUGAUGUCAAUUACAACUGGAACUGUUUUCAUCACUGGUUGCACUAAAAACCAGAGCGGCAGGAGUUGGAUCACAUUGCUGGAUAUUGUGACCAGUAUAUUUAAACCAUGGAGCGUAUGAAGUUAGUCCUGCAGUACUUUCAGUCCAACUCUGAGUCCAUCUCCAAUGGAAUCUGCAUUGUCCUGGCCUUAGUCAGUGUCAAGCUCUACACCAGCUUUGACUUUAACUGCCCGUGCCUUCCUCAGUACAACAAACUGUACUCUCUGGGAGUGAUGAUCGUCCCGCCUGUUAUACUGUUCUUUGUCGGGGUCCUGGUCAACCGACAUACAGAUGUCAUGAUGGACGAGUGGAUGAGACCCAUCGGGGAAAGAUCCAAAAAUCCUGCUGUGGUUAAAUACCUGUUCUCAGCCAUGCUGCAGAGGGCCAUGCUGGCCCCGAUGGUGUGGAUACUGGUCAGUUUGAUGGAUGGAAAGAUCUUCAUCUGUGCCUUCAGUGUUAGUGUAGACCCUGCACCCUUCUCAGGUUUGCCCAACAAUACAGGUCUGGAUGUGAUUAAAGUCAUGGCCAAAGUGCCCUGCAAGGAGGACAUUAUCUUCAGGAACAGUUCUUUCCGCAAAGCUGUUUCCCGUUACGUUCGUUGCUAUUCACAAGCAGUCGGCUGGUCCAUCCUCCUCUUCUUGAUCGUAUUGGGAGCAGUGGGACGCUUCGUCAAGCCCUAUUUCGACAACCAAGCCACAUCCCUGCAGACACGCUACUGGAGCAACUACCUCGACGUGGAGCAGAAGCUCUUCAAUGAGACCUGUGUCCUGCACGCCCGCGACUUCGCCCGCAAGUGUGUGGUACAGUUCUUUGAGGACAUGCGGGAGGACGCGGUGCUGCGUCUUCCCCACCCGUUGUUCGUCGCCAACACCAAAGGGGAGUGGGAGUGGGAAGAGAGGGAGGAGAGACUCUACGGGAUCUCCAAGCAGGAACAGGUGGACCAGCUGCUCGACAAGUGGUACCACAGUAAACCUGAGCUGGAUGUCACCAGGAUAGCCCACAGGCCCCAAACGUGUGUUACCUGGGAGGACCGUAGAGGAAAGACCUUGUACUCUGAUGUGUAAAGCUGCAGGGGGGGGGUCAGGGUCAGAAAUCAUGGGCGUUCUUUUCAUUUGUUCUUACCCUGAUCUACAUAUAUGGGUUGUAAGAGGUUUUGGAGAGCCAAAAUGUGGAUAACAACAAAAGCAAGUCAAGACAAGAGAAUACCAGAUGUGUAACGUUCAAUGUUGCUGUGAGAUACUCACUACAGCAUUGAAAAAUUCAAAAGGGUCACAUGAUCACAAAACAAAACAUUUGCAAAUGAAUGUUGGGUGUGUUUAAUCAUUGUGUGUAGAGUAAAAGGACCUACAUGUGUGCUCGCUCACCCUUUGUCUCAUCCUCAUCUGUCCCUUUCUCUGUGACGUUGCACUUUGGUCACCUACCAGUGUAUUAGGAGUAAUAGCUGUGCGAUAUCUUUCCUUCACCAAAGUGAAGCUUUUUCAAGUCUGACA